UGGUUUGCGCUGAACUGGGCUGGGGGUAAAUGGAAGCGCUGGUAUAACGCAAUAUUCACCGCUGUCCAUCUUUUAAGGCACAGAAAUCGUGGAGCAGUGUGGCAUUGAACUGCUGCAGAAAUGUCCGACGGCGCGGUCGAAAGGAUAACUGAUGUCGCGAAAGAAAAAGAAGGAGACUGGAACGGCGCAGCGCCCGAGGCAGCUGGUGGCUUCGGGAAGUGCGAUGCCUGUGGAGCGGCGCACAGUCCCCACGCGUGUCCCCAGCUCCUCCCGUGCCUGCACUCCUUGUGCAAAGUGUGUUUGCAGUCGGGCGCCCAGGACGAUGUUAGAGUGUGUCCAGUGUGUAACGGCAAGUACACGCUCACAGAGGUCAAGAAUGAUCCAUUCUUCAGGGGGUACACCUACAGUUCCGAAGACCAAGUGCAAAACAAGUGUGGGGGCUGCGACGACACAGCGGUUUCUGGUUGGUGUGUGGAGUGCAGAGAAGCCCUGUGCGCAGCCUGUGUUCUGGCCCACAGGAGAGUGAGGGUGACCCGAGACCACGAGGUUCUGCCACAUCAGGUGUCGUCGAAAGGCUGUGCUCCUACAACCUUCUGCCUCAUACAUAAAGAAGAACCAAUGAAGCUCUUCUGCUUGUCAUGUGAUCGGCUGACUUGUCGUGACUGCCAGCUGACUUACCACAGGAAUCACCGCUUCCAGUUUGUCAGUGAGGCCAUGGCUGAUUUAAAGCAAGAUGUCCGCAAACUGAUGGAGAAGGUUCAGUGUCAGAAGGGUCAUGUUAAGAAAAGCCUGCUAGACCUGGAUGGAAGGCUGUCGGACCUCACAGUGCUGCAGUACAAGGUGAAGAUGGAGCUUCGGGAAGCCAUCCUUUCUCUCCGCAAUGUGCUGGUGGCACGGGCGGUACAGCUGGUCGAGGAAAUGCAGGGGUACUGUGGACGCGAGAUGGACAUCAUUUCUAAGAGGCAGCAGGUACUGAGGAAGCUGAAGGAACAUCAGGAGCACGUCCUGGCCUUUGCAGAGCGGGCCCUGGAUAUGGACGACCAUUUUACCUUGCUUACAUGCAAGAACGAGAUCCAGCAGCAGCUGCAGAACCUCUUAACCUGCUCCACCCAGCCGACCACUUCCAUGAUAGAGAUGGAACUUCGGUUUGAACAGGAGCUCCACAAAAUCAUCACUAAUUAUGGUCAAAUUUUGGUGAAGUAUGUACCAUUUAAACCUUCAGAUCAUCCCUUUCCAAGCAAGCAUGCUAAACCUGUUCCGGAACCUCACCCCGCACCCGAACUUCGCCCAGCACCGGAACCUCACCCCAACCUCACCCCGCACCCGAACUUCGCCGUGCGCCGGAACCUCACCCCGCACCCGAACUUCGCCGUGCGCCGGAACCUCACCCCGCACCCGAACUUCACAGUGCGCCGGAACCUCACCCCGCACCCGAACUUCGCCGUGCGCCGGAACCUCACCCCGCACCCGAACUUCGCCGUGCGCCGGAACCUCACCCCGCACCCGAACUUCGCCGUGCGCCGGAACCUCACCCCGCACCCGAACUUCGCCGUGCGCCGGAACCUCACCCCGCACCCGAACUUCGCCGUGCGCCGGAACCUCACCCCGCACCCGAACUUCGCCCUGCGCCGGAACCUCACCCCGCACCCGAACUUCGCCGUGCGCCGGAACCUCACCCCGCACCCGAACUUCGCCGUGCGCCGGAACCUCACCCCGCACCCGAACUUCGCCGUGCGCCGGAACCUCACCCCGCACCCGAACUUCGCCGUGCGCCGGAACCUCACCCCGCACCCGAACUUCGCCGUGCGCCGGAACCUCACCCCGCACCCGAACUUCGCCGUGCGCCGGAACCUCACCCCGCACCCGAACUUCGCCGUGCGCCGGAACCUCACCCCGCACCCGAACUUCGCCCUGCGCCGGAACCUCACCCCGCACCCGAACUUCGCCCUGCGCCGGAACCUCACCCCGCACCCGAACUUCACAGUGCGCCGGAACCUCACCCCGCACCCGAACUUCGUCGUGCGCCGGAACCUCACCCCGCACCCGAACUUCGGCGUGCGCCGGAACCUCACCCCGCACCCGAACUUCGGCGUGCGCCGGAACCUCACCCCGCACCCGAACUUCGCCGUGCGCCGGAACCUCACCCCGCACCCGAACUUCGUGCCGGAACUUCACCCCGCACCCGAACCUCGCCGUGCGCCGGAACCUCACCCCGCACCCGAACCUCGCCGUGCGCCGGAACCUCACCCCGCACCCGAACUUCGCCCUGCGCCGGAACCUCACCCCGCACCCGAACCUCGCCCAGUGCCGGAACUUCACCCCGCACCCGAACCUCACCCAGCACCAGAACCUCAGCCCGCACCCGAACUUCGCCCUGCGCAGGAACCUCACCCGGCUCCUGACCAUGUGCCACCCAGGCAGAGCCCUGAUGCCCCCAAACCACGUUCAGUUCAGCCAGAUCUGCACUUCUCUCCUUUGCCCCACCAAAGUACUAAACGCUCCCACGUCGCUGUCAUUACUACCUGGAAGCCCCCUUCUGUUGUGAGACCACAUUCCCAUCCUUCUUCAGUCUCUCCCUUUCGCUUCGUCUCCUGUCCUCCUUCCGUCAUUCAGCAUAGCUCUUGGACAAAAACACCUAUUGUGUCAGUGCGAUUGGACACACCGAAGGUGACUGGGAAAUCUGUGGCUCCCUGUGGCGUGCGUCCUGCCUCUACCUUAGUGGUGACAUCUGGGACGUUACCCAUGCCACUCUUGCUCACUCUUGCUAAUGUCAUGGUACCGGUGGCUUCCCGGACAGUUGGACUGGCGCAAAAUACAAAAGCCGGCCCAGAAAACAAAAAGACAUUUCAUACAUCCGCCUCUCAAUCUAACUAUCAAGCCACACAUGCAUUUAGCCAGAUCACAACACCUCAGAGUAUAGGAUCUGCCAACACACCAGCCACCUGUUUAGGCUCUGCUCGGCCCAUCAUCAAGCUGUCUCCAUGCGUCUUCUGCAGUGCGCUACCUGUAAAAGCACUGGCAGAUUCUCCCUGCGAGAGGCUGCCCCCAGCCGUUAGCUUGCCAGAAGCCAAGCAAGUUCUCACGCCCUCUGAGAACAGACCGACCUCCACGGUAAUGGAGGCAGACACGCCUUCGUUCACUGAGGAUUCAGUUACUGAGGGUACGGCCAGCAGCCAACCUUUUAGCGCAGAUGAGAGACUGGCGACUCCAGUCACUGCACCCAUGAGCACAGACAUUGCGAAAACAACUGUGGUCACUGCAGACAGUAAUGUGGGUAUCGGAAAUGCAGUCACUGGGGCAGACAGUGAGACAGCUGUGCUCGUUGAACACCCUACCAUCAUGACUGCAGGCAGCAGAAACAACAUUUUUGCGUCUCAGGAAAUGACCACAGAUAGUGGUAACAGGGCAACUGUUACACUCAUCGACAUACCUAUAGCAUACCGACAUACCACAGCUGGGGCAGGCACCAGUGAACUGACUACAGACAUGAGCACAGUAGGUGUGAACAUGGCCGUCAAAGGAGAAACAACUGAAGCAAACACUAACACCUCCGCUGUACUUGCAGACCGUGACAUUACCACAGGUCAGCACCUUUCCCAGGCAAAUGGACAGAUUCAGGUCACAGCUUCUGCUUGCAGCCAAAUUCCUAGCCCAACUGUAAGUGGAAAAUGCAAGCCGAGCCAGAACUUUACAAUUUCAUCUGAGCCGUCCACAACGCCUUCAAGCUUCCGAGAGUCUCCGGAAGGGCGCACAGUGACCCCCCCUCAGGCAGACUCCUUACGCCCUGAGCUGGGUCAACAGAAGAUGCCUGAGGGAUUCAUCAGUUUGAAGAACGACAAAUUAGGAUCCGCCCCAAGCUUCACCCAGUUUAAAUUAGAAGACGAAAGUUUCGAGUGUCCACUUGAGGAGGAUGAUGACAGUGGGGAGACCAGCCUGCAUAGUGGGAAGACCCAUGCUUGCAGUGAGCCGGUGGACAGGUGUCUGCUUCCUCGUGUCUCCUUGUUUCGAAUUCCUAUCCCCAUGCCUCCCCCGGGUCGUGCUCUGCCCAGCUUCUAUGUCGUCCCAGGCACCAAAAAGAAUGAGAUCCUGCUGCAGAUAAUGGAGGACAAGGUCCAGUCUUCUGUCUCUCCGGAUUCUGCCACUGUGUCCACUUGUCUGAGAGCCCCUCCUCCCCCCCCGAGGAAUGACGGCGCGCGGUUUUGUGCCGUUUGCCGCGUCCCGGGGGCAAUAAUGGUUUGUUCAGUAUGCGGCUGCAGCUUCCACAGGAAGUGUCACAUCCCGUCAGUCAAUUCUGAAGCAAGCAGUGCCGACUGGCAGUGCAUGCUGUGCAGGGACUUCUCCGAUGUGGGGGAUCAGUACUGCAGUAGUGUGGAUGGGCAGCCGUCUCUCAGCCUCCUGGAGCAGAGGAAAUGUGAACACGUGCUACUUGUGCUGUUGUGUGAGACAUACAGCUCGGCCCUGUACCAGCCAGUAGAGUCAUCAUCUCGCUCCUCGCGGAGCAUCAGCAUCAUGAGCAUACAAGGCCGUCUGUCACGGGACCUGACGCCUCUUUACCACACUCCCUCUCAGUUCGUGUCUGACGUCCGGCUCCUGUUUGACAUCCUGAAAAGCUCAAAGGAAUCCAGCAAAAUCGGCAAGCUGCAGAGCUGUUUUGAGAAGACCCUUUGCGACGUUUUCGGGAAGAGCGCCGACGACUUCCCGAAGAAUGCAUUCCAAAAGGAGCCAGAGGCUAGGGAAAGGGUAGAAGCGGCAAGCCCAAGACACAGCGAGACGCUGAAGAGGAUGAGAGAGUUCCUAAGGAAGAAUCCAUCUGAGCCACCCACGAAACGCCAUAAGGAUUGCUAGAACAGUCGACUGAUGGGAAAAGUAUUCACCACAUUUCCUGUGAACUGACAUUUCCAUGUUUGUUUUUUUUACUUUAAAAUUAGUACAUUUUUACAAUAAAAGUGCUAUGCAUUUUAAUGUUUGAUUUGAUAUUUUG